CAAAUCCCUAACCCCCAAAUUAGUUCAUUUCUCCAAUGGAGAAGAGAAUCAUGGCGAUUGGAGAUCGACUCAGCAAUUUGCCUGAGCCAAUUCUAAUUCAUAUUCUUUCUAUGUUGCCGGACGGUAAAGAAGUCGUUAGAAGCAGUGUAUUAUCUAAGCGAUGGCGGUCUCUUUGGAUGUCUGUACCGGUAUCACUCGAUUUCAGCUUCCCUGAGGAUACCUAUUUCGGCCUACCUGAGAGUGGUGAAGAGGAGAUUCUCGAUUUCGUGAAUUCCACCAAUAGAGAGCUUCAUUAUUGGAGGGCUUGCCAGAAAAUCAGAAAAUUCAAUGUGGUUGUCAAUUUUUCUACCCCGGAAAGAUUCAAUAAAGAUGUUGAUUUCUGGGUAUAUUUUGCAACAAAAAUAGCUAAAGUUGAAGAUUUUACUCUUGAGUGUUUAUCUGGAUACAAGUUACCUCAGUUUGCAUUUCAGAAUACUUCGAUGAGGAAUUUGCGUUUACAGUACUGUAAAGUGAAGUUGAGCCCUUCCGUUGAUGUGAUCUGGAGUAAUCUCGUUUCUCUUUCAGUUGGACACGUUAAAAUGACGGAGGGUGUCAUGAGAAAUGUAUUAUCUGGUUGUCCUAACUUAGAGUGCUUGAAAUUAGACUUUGUUUGGGGCUUUGAUCGUCUUGAAAUCAGCAAUGUGAAGUUGGAAAAAUUGACCUUAAACAGCUUUGAAACUAGUGAACCUGACGUUUGGCUUGAAAUAUUAGCCCCAUAUAUUCAAAAUUUGCAACUUGUGGGGUAUUCCAGUGGGAUACGCUUGAAAGAUGUGUCUUCACUUGUCACUGCAGUCUUUCGCUUAGAUUUUCAGUUUGAUUUUGAUGAGGCAGACAGAUCGGAGAAGAAGGAGACGAGUUGUUUGAAGGAACUUCUUCACAGCGUUGCCCAUGUCACGAAUCUCGUAUUGAGUCCGUGGUGCAUCAAGCGCAUUUCCACACUGGCGUUGGAAGGCUUCCAGCAUCAACCAUCGAGCUCGAGAUUCUUAAAACUUAACACAAACUAUGAAGAGUUGGACCUCCCAGGAAUUUGCAGCUUUCUACAGAGUUCAUCACAUGUUGAGACAUUGGUCAUUGACUGGCACCAUCAAGAUCGAGGAUACAUAUAUCCAUAUUAUGUUAAGGAUAAGGAAAGGCAAAUCAAGAGGUUUGAGACACAUAAAUUUAACUGCCCAUUGCUACAUCUGAAGACUAUCAAGUUCAUUAACUUGGUUGGACCAUUAAGUGUAAAUAAGUUUGUUCUUCCAUUGGUUAAAUAUUUGCUUGAGAAUGCAAUUGUGCUAGAAAAGUUCGACAUAGCUGCCAGAUGCAAAGAGAUUGAUGUGCCUCUCGAUCAGAUUAAAAUUGAACAGGAGCUAUUGAGCUUUCCAAGAUCCUCUUCGCGCGCUUCAAUUAUCUUUUCUUAUCAACGAUCUUUGCCCCCUCUCAUUUUGCAUCAGUCACAACAACAACAACAACAACAACCACCACAACAACCACCACAUCAAUCACAACAUGCUUAACAGUUGUUACUUUAUGUUUGAAAUUGGUUUGUAGCGAAAGACAUGGUUAGGAUUCUACUUGUCAGUAAUCAGAAUCCAAGGAGUUUUUAGUAUUUCUUCAUGUCUAAGUACUUAACAGUGUGUUUAUUAUCUGAUCUUCAUGUUCAUGUGUGAACUCUUGUUCCAAAUGCUUUGUGAUAUAUAUUCACAUUGAAUCC